AUGGAUCUGUCCAAACUCGCUCGUCCCGCUAUUCUCUGCCAGUGUUCACGCUGUUCGAGCUCCCUCGCCGCGCUCGAAAAUGAGUGGGCAAAGCUGUCCAACUCUUAUGCCGUCGCUGCAGGAUGGCUGAGCGUCGAACUACACCGGAUUUCGAUCUCAACGGAGAAGAAGCAGGUGCCACAGAAUUCUGAAAUGAGCCUCUUGCGAGGUCGUAUCCUACAAGAAAUCGCUUGCAAGCUAUGUCAGCAGAAACUGGGAGUUCUGUGUGCUUUAGACGAUGGUCCCAAUAUCUUCUGGAAGCUAUCCAAGGUCUCAUUCAGAGAGAUCGUCACCAUGCGCACGGUUGAACCCCUUUUCAACGGCUCCCUCGAACGUCUGAUCCGUCCGACUCCGAAAGAGUCCACCACCAGUCGCGCUUUAAUAUCUACCGGUCCUCACGAGGUCGACAGGGAUCCUAUGUCGAUGGAACAGCAGAUUCAGCAUCAAGGUGUCAUCAUUGAUCACAUCUCCAACUCCGUUAACAACCUACAUGAUACCAUGUCGGAAUUGAAACAUUCCUUCACAGCGCUUCGGAUAGAGUUGAAUGGUCCUGGGCGCCUUUCCUCUGACAUUUCUGGUCCUCACGGAAGCGAUUUUGAUAUGAUCAGGACGGUGUUGAAGGAACUCAAAUCGAAAGCCGAAGAAAUCGAGACGUUGAAGUUGGAGAUCCAGGCUCUUAAGUUGAAGAAUCGAUACAUGGAGGAGCAGACAACAAGGCACCCUACUGCAACUUUGGGCGUGGAAUCGACCGCAAUGCCAGAAGUUCGGAGUCCUGGGCUACUUCAAGCUAGUAGGAAACGGCCCUGGCCCGACUCAUUCCCAAGUGGUCGCACCGAGCCCAUUGCGGACUCAUUCGAAGAGGAGGAAGAUGACACAUUCGGCGACUUUUCUCUUGCGGAUAUGCAUGUGCAAUCAGUCAAAAUUCCCUUGAAGGAACCUGAGCCUGUUCGUGCCAUAACCGAUUCAUCGCGCCAUCAGAUACCGCCUGAGUCGCCUAGACUUCGCAUUGAGGUCACUCGAUCGCGACAACAUACGCCACACUAUGACAACAUGAUCGAAGACGCCCAAGCCACAACUGUGGACACGCAACAGCCCGCUGUGGUCAAGCGGCCUCGUAUAUCCAAUCCCACUGACCGGCCUUCAUCCAGCGGGAACACCGAGAGGAGAAAGCCAGGACGACCGCGUAAAUCAUUCAGCCAGUCUGCUCAGCCGGAGUUUUCCCAGACACCCAAACAGACGCCGUUGAGCGAACAAAGUGUCAACGUUGGCACAGGUAGUCAAACUGAACAAGUGCCAUUGAACACGAGUCCAAGCGAAGCACCGGAGGCCAGGCAACGGGGUUCUACUCGUUCGCGAACCUUGCGCAGUCGAUCGCGACCCCCUUCAGCGCGCCAGUCUGGCAAUGGAAUUUCCCAACCGAUGAACGGAGAUCAAAACACAUCAGAAGGGAGUCUGUCAUUGGCCACGGAGGAAGUUUCCCAGCACUCGAACAAGGAAGGAGGUAGUCAACCCCAGAGUCAUGAGACGGACUCCACCAAGGAGAAUCUGCCAGCAUCAACGAAUGUAAAGGCUCCAAGUAUUAACAAUGAUGACGAGAGACGAAAGGCGCAGGUAGCAGCGCGAGAUUUGAUGGCGCGCUUGGCAAUGCAACGCGAGGAAGCAAUGGAGACUGAAGAGGGCCGGUGA